AUGUCGCGUCCAGUGGCCCACACGUCGGCCAAGGAGCGUCAGAACUUACGGCAGCACUACUACGCCACCUCGGAGCAAGAGGCGGGGCUGGCACACUUGUGGCACAUGCAGCGGCUGGCCGCGAUACGUCUCAGUCCCUCCCACACGAUUCAGGAUGCGCCUGACGUGGAUUUUCAACAACCAGGUGACCCCACCAUGGACCACUACAGACACCUCUACGCCGAUCGCUACGCCCAGCAAGUGCGGCACGAUGAGGCUCAAAUCUAUGCUCAGAAUGUGAAGAUACUGCAUCAGCUUCUUCUCGCCAGUGACGACACGGCGCGCAAAGGACGCAACAUGAACCUCGUCCCGACCUCUGCGCAGGUCUGCCUCUUCGACAACAUCGAGAACCAGACGUCGCACCGCUUGCUCCAUCGCCAGUUGCGGCAGCGGCAAAUUGCGCAGGAAAACGAGAGGCUUCUCUUGCAUCUUAUUUCCGUGUCGCCAAACUUGCGCACCGCCAAGGAGCUCGGCACAUGGUACACAACAGUUCACAAGAAGCGCUUGGAGCGGCUCUCGCGAUUCAAGCCAGCUGAGCAGUUUGCCGGCGAGCGAGUUCUAAAGGCGGCCUCCAGAAAACGGCUCACCCACGGUUGCGGUGGCAGUGCUGCGGCGGCACCGUACCCGAUGGCCCCGGAGCUUGCUACGAUCCCUCCACUGCUGCGUGGACACCCUUAUCCGCCGCUCUCCAUCGCCGAAGCGUCGCGCACCGCUCCAGCCUCGCUGCUGCCGGCCGUGCGCACCACGUCCUACGGAGGUGUGCCGCUCGUGCUGGAGGAUUCCAUAGGAAGCCUUGACGGUGCAGAUGACUGCAGCGGCGAUGCCACAGCAGCGGGGUACGCCGCUGCCCUGUACCAAUCCCCGAAGCGAGUGCGAGGUACGUCUCGCCCCGACUGGCAGCCCAUCUCUGCCACGGACAUUCCUUUGUUGCAUUACGCGGCCGACCUGCAACUGCGCCGUGAAGGCGGCGGUGGCACCUCGACACGCGCGAGGGGAAGCGGCGGCGCUUUUUCUGCUUCUCAGAAUCGACGAGGGAUGCAUGAUUCAGUGCAUGGCACUCACAGAGAGUCGAACGCCUCUGGCCCGCAAUACCAUACGGCCGCGUCUCCCACUGUGCUCCGCGUUACGCCAAGCGAAGAAGGAGGCGUAACUCAGAUGUGGCGUCACGCGCUGCAGCGGCGUCAUGAACGAAUUGCAGCAGCCCAAACCGACACCAACCCAUACGCGGCGCAGCCAGCGCGGCCCUUCAGGCCCGCAUUGCAGCCGCGAGAUGCGGCAUCCGCGGACGGUGGCUGGAAAGCCGAUGGCGGCUGCUUCGUGCAGAGUUGCCUUCCUGCACAGGGGCCAGGAGGGGCACCACCUCUUCCCGCACCACAGACAGCCCCAGCAGCCCGACCUGGAAGACGCUUCGCUCCUGCCGUCCCAUCCGAGCCGUGUGGCAGCGGCUAUCGACGCAGGCGAUUCGGCUCACCAGGAAGCGCCUCACCAGCACCAGUGCCAAUCAAGUGGAAUGGAUCGAUAUCAACGGCGCGCAUCACCACCUCAAGCCAAGGCGACGGAUCAACAGCGGCGGGGACGGCGGAAGCGUUGCUACGGCGUUGGGAGUCGAGCAGGAUUACCUACGCACCCGUUUGA